AUGACUUUAGCUGGCCGCGUCCUUCGGCGCUUUGUGCUCGUAUAUCCCAGGCUGCACCUUGUGGGCUUGUCAGCGAAUCAUUCUCCCGGCAACCGUGGGGCCAGGGAUUUCAGCUACCCAAGCUGCCGGGCCACGAACAACGAGUAG